CCACUCUUGAAGCUGAUGGUCAGGGUUUUCUCCCCCUUACCCAGAGACUUCAAGGUUGGUCUUGACGAUCCCACGUCCUCCUCCGAAGCGAUGGGCAUUCCUACUAGAAUCCUGACUUCCAUGCACAAUCGCCUUCGGUCGCUACCGCGAUUGACGCUAUUCGGCCGUUCACUCCUAUUGCUGGUCUCCGAGUUGGUAGCGAACGCUAUCUGCUGGAUCGUUGCUGGUAUUCUAUUCGGUCGUCAUCGCGAGACGCAACCCAUUCUCAGUUUGGCGUUGCUGGCAUGGACUAUAGGCUUACGGCAUGCACUUGAUGCCGAUCAUAUCAGCGCGAUAGAUAACGCGACUAGAGCACUCAUCAACCUCGAUCAGCUUCCCGUCACUUGUGGACUGUUCUUCUCCCUCGGCCACAGUACAAUCGUGAUCGUCGUGAAUGUCGCAAUCGCUAUUAGCACCAGCGUAUACGACAAGAUUGAUGGGGUCGGCAGAGUUGGGGGUAUAGUAGGUGCUUCUGUAAGCGCGACAUUCUUAUUCAUAGUGGGCCUUGCCAACUCCAUUAUCCUAUGGAGGAUUAUCGCUCGUCGACGUCGAAUGCGAAAGGAACGGGCGGCUCGUCUUGAGCGUGGCGAGGUCGCCUCAGAAAUAGAUGAAGAUAUGGAUGACUCAACAAGCCAUGGUAAUACCCUCAUGAUGAAGAUCAUCGGUCCCAUUGUCAGGUUCGUGGAUAGACCAUGGAAGAUGUACCCUGUCGGUGUCCUAUUUGGCUUUGGUUUCGACACCGCAUCAUCUAUUGCGCUGCUUGCCGUAUCUGCUAUUGCCAAGAACGGUACAAAUGGAGCACGCAUUGCACCUGCAAACAUCGUCAUACUUCCACUACUCUUUACGGCUGGCAUGACCCUCGUUGAUUCCUUGGACUCAAUCUUGAUGUUAUAUUCCUACGCCGGCUUCCCUGAAAGAUCCUUUGCCCUAUUCGAACGCAGAAAUACGGAUGACAAGAAACCGAUCUUAUCUCCGUCUCCGGUCAUUCCGCCAACCCCACCUUCGUCUGUCCCAGCUGCUUCAGGGAAACCGAUCCAAGAACUUCACAGAGAGCUUUCAGCUUCGUCCGAAGUCAUGAAACCUCUGAAACCCGCAAUUUCAGAGGAACCUCCUGCCGUAGUCGUCAGCGAUGUCAGCGAACAAAUGAAAAAGGACCUUAGAGUUAGGCGGAACGCUAUGUCAGGUCUGAGCGUGAUCCUCACUCUCAUGAGUAUCUUGGUUGCCUUCAGUAUCUCACUGAUCACUAUCAUGGGUCUAAUCGGAGAGAACUGCUCUUCGUGCCAAGCUGCAGCCGAUGAUCCAGAUGGAGGUGAACUUGCUGGUCGGUGGUGGCGAGGCUGGGCGAAUGCAAAUGAAAACUCGGGAUAUAUUGGCGCUGCGAUCGUCGGUGCGUUCAUUUUCGUGGUGGGGACGUGGUAUGGAUCCCGUUACCUAUGGAGGAAAUGGAGUGGCAAACAUCGGAAAGGAGAGGGAGAACAAAAUGAAACUGAAAGCUAAUGUACAAGUCAGAAUGUACAACAGCGAAGCAACGCGUAAAUAAAUCGAGCAUGUAGAGAUCUAUAUAGCUCAAUAGCCAUCAUCGCCAAUACCAGGCGGGGAGAACAAGUACCUAACCGUUCCUUCGUUUUUUCCC